UGGUCUUACUGUGAGGAAAUUCUAUAAGAAGCCUUGAGGUCGUACAUAGUCUCUGUCCUCAUCACCCUCAGAGUCCCAUCUCCAUUCACCCAUCAGUCCAUUCAUCCAUCCGCUCACGCAUUCUCUCACUUAGAGUCUCCGCCCUCACUUCCUUCAAAAUGAGAUUCAUACUCCCCACUCUGCUGAUGCUGGCCUCCAAGGUCCUCGCCACGCCAGUUGACCCCCGGGCUGUCUCUCCCUUCGGUGGCGAGGAGGAGCUCCUGGCUCCGAAUGAUGUUGACACUGUCGCAUCUCUGGAAUUCAUCGGACCCGUGACUCCUGGAGGGCCCAAUGUUACCCUCUACGGCACUGCAAAAGGCAUUUACGAGCAGAUCAUCAAGCUCAACCCUGAGUACGAUGUUUUCGCCUUCCCCGAGAAUGCGGCGGAGUUCGCGGCCGAGGGCCUCACCAGGGAGGACAUUGAAACGAGCAAGAACCCCGCACGCUCCCUACUUGCUUCUCGAGACCUAGACAAGAGGGGACAGUACAAUUGCAAGAUUGGCAAAUAUGUUGGCAACUUCAAUACGCAAUGCGUCGAGGGCCUUCUCUAUCUCCGCCGACUAGGCCAGUCGUGGUGCGGAGCCAAGGCGAGGAGUUGUGCUCGCGUGAGCUGCUCCCACAACUGCGGCAUGUAUCUGUGCAGCAAGCUCAAGAAGGAGAAGAAGGUGCGCUGCGCUAGCAUCGCCAAGGAUAUCUCGCACAUUGCUGGAGAGUGCGGCGUUAGAGUCGGCACUUCGGCCUUCACUGUGCUCAGGGCCAGAGGCCGAAAGCAUUUCAACAGCCACAACAUCGAGCUCUCUUCCACCCGCUGCUAAAUAAGAGCUGGGUAAGCCCAAUGCCCCCAGGGCCGAGGGGACGGCGGCGACUCACACGCAGGCAUUGGCGCUCAUUCACCCACGGUGAUGGGGAUAAUAUGUAUCGAAAUGGGGGCCUUUUGAAUUCUCUUCCGGGAGAAGGCCGGGAAGGGUUCUUUCAAUUGUACCUUCUAUUGUAUUAAUAGCUACUUAGAAAUAUGGCGGGACAGUGCAUAGUAUUAGUUGGCAACUUAAUGGAACAAUUGUUACAUCGCUUCAA